AGAGUGUACUUGUAUUCAUGAGCUGUAUAAAACAUAAGUCAUUGUUGCCCCUAUGGUUAAAAAAGGUGCUGCAUGCAACCUAUAUUGAACAUUUCGAUCAUUUUAAUUUUCUGGUUAGCCAACAACCAUGUCCUUCUUCAGUUUACUUAUCUUAUCUCAACCAACCCCUAUUUAAGCAAGAUGUGACCUUCCUCAGUUUCCAUUCUCUACCAUGAACCUCUAUGCUUUCCUUCUGCUGCUGACUGCCUACACGGCCCAAGGUGCCUAUGUGCCUCGGGCUCUGUGGCAGUUUGCUGGAAUGAUCCACUGUAUCCAGCCAGGGGUAAACCCCUUAAAGUACGACAACUACGGCUGCUGGUGCGGGUUCGGUGGCUCUGGGACCCCCCGCGAUGGUGUGGAUAGUUGCUGUAAAGCCCAUGAUCUCUGCUACAGAGCCAGCAAGUCUCUUCCAGAAUGCCGUCCUAUUAUUGAUGCCCCUUACAUCAAGACUUAUGACUUCACCUGCAAAAACAAACAAGUCUCCUGCUCAGGCUCCACGAGGCGACAGCUGCCAUUUGCCCACAUUGGUAUAAAGUAGGUAAUGAGAAGAAGGCCGUAGAGCUCCUGUUGCUUCCCUAGAACCUUCUACAAACUCUGAGAAACUCCAAACAUCGACAUGUAUUUUCAAUCCAAGAUCUCUUAAAAACGAAAAUGUAAUAUCGCAUCCAUAGGAACAACAUAACCUGAAUGGUAAACUGAAAUAUCAUAAACAUGUUAACGAGACAUAACAGUC